AUGAAUGAGGCACGAGGCGGACGGUGGACGCCCAGCAGAAUGGUUGCCUACGCGAUGUGUUACACUUGGCCUACCUGGCGGGCCCGGCCUUGGCAGCCGGGCUGUCACGCUUACGCCCCAUUGGUGCGUCAGUCGUUGUGUCUGGUGUGUUGUCAACGUGUAAUAGAGUGUAGGGCCAAGCCAGCUGACCUUGUCAAUAGAUGCCAUAAACUACUACUCCAAAUCGGUGACUGUGCCUAUUCCUCCGGUGGACCGAGGCCGUAG